AUGGUUGGGACAAAUAUUGGGAUUUUGAUAUAUAUGGUAGAUGAUAUUACUCAUACAGACUCUUUAGAAACAUUUCACCAUCUUGGGCAGAUCAUGAUUUAUAUUAGUUCAAUUAGUGGCUUAUCUAGGUCAAUUGAUUUAGGAUUAACUAGAGGAAUAGCAGGGCUGGCCAAAAAUUUAGAGUAUUUAGAAAACAAUGUAAAAGCUUUGAGCGACUUAAAAACUACAAUCCUUGAUGAUAAAUCAAGGUGGAAUUAUUGUGUUAGCUCAGAUAUUGUAGUAAAAAAUAUAAUUCCAGUAUGAGAAUUUGAAAGGGAUGAUUUUAAAUUGCAAAAAUAUAAUCUUUAUGACACUGUUUCUCUAUUUAUCGAGCAUGUAAUUUUUAUUCAGGAGAAAGGCUUAUUAGAAGAUGCUAGACAAAAAGAUAUUGACUAUAGAAAUCAUUUAAAAUGGCUUAUGAUUAAUAGUCUAAGUUUUUCGUAUCAUUACAUUGAAAAUGCUUUAUCAGAUUUAGUUGAUUGUGAAACGAAUAGAGUUGAAGAAACCAGCAUAAGAAUUAAUUCGCUUUUGAUGCUUGGAAUAUUUAUUCUUAUGAUUUGUUUAGGCAUUCUUCUUUAUUUUAUUGCUUUUUUAAAAGUUCAUUAUGAAAAAUUUUGGAAUUUUAUUAAAAAAACUGUUGUAGCAAAUUAUCUUUUUAUUAGACAAGCUUCUUUGGAUCGACUUGUAUCAGUACAUGGAUCUGAUUUAGGCCAAGACUAUAGCUUUACUCAAAAGCCUGCUGCAACAAAGAAUUUUUAUAUAAAAACGACACUCUCAUGGAAAUUCAUAUGGAGAUUAAGUUUUCUAGGUGUUGUUUCCUUAUCUUUCUAUUUAUUGAUAUUGCUUUAUUUUUAUAAGGACUGCGAAAUCUAUAUGAUAAAUCGUCCAAAGCUUCUUCAGACCCUAAACAUUCGCCGAUCUCUUUUAUCACAAAUUGGCUUUUAUGCUAGAGAUGCCUAUCGUCCUAUUGCCAUAGGUUACUAUCCAAACUCCUAUAGUUUUGCAAACUCAAGUUCAGAGUUUCCUAGCUUAAUUUCUUAUUAUAAAACCCAUAGCUAUGCGCUGUGCGAAAGUAAUUUUAAGAGUUUGAUUUCUCAUAAACUAGGGAAAAAUUUCUAUGAGUCAGCUAAAUAUUCAGAAUAUGUCUUGGACUUCGGGAUUAGGGCAGCUAUAAAUAUUUUUCAUUUUGACUCUUACUAUAUUGGCAAUAGUGCUUUUAUAUCUGGAAAAGAAUAUUCUGAUUAUAUUUCGCAUUUUAUGGUUUUGCAAGAUGCGCUUGCUGAUGCAUUUGAUAUGGCGAAUACAAGCUCUAAGCAAGUUAUUUCUGGCCAAUUAAAUUUGAUUAUAUGGGUCACUGCUAUUUUUUCUGCUGGUUUGGUUUUAUUAUAGUCCAGGAGCUUAUAGCUCACCCUGGGCUACCGAUCGAGCUUCAACUCGUGGAUUUGGUUCGGCUUCAAAAGUUGCCAAAACCAACUCAACAUGUUAAUAAAUAACAAAUAAUGCACACUUGCUAACUCGUGGAUUUGGUUUGGCAACUUUUGAAGUCGGAUUAAUUCCACGAGUUGAGGCUCCGAUGGUGGCCCAGGGCGAACUAUAAACCUUUCUGGGCUAUAUAUUUAGCUUAUUUUUUGCCUUUUUUCGAAAAGCAAACAUAUUUCUUGAGAAAAAUGAAAAUUUUGCCAAAAAUGAUUCUAAUGAGUGAAAAAGACUUUAAAACAAAAUUUUAA